CGCUACAGGGGAAGAGGGGGCGGGGCGGAGAUACACAUGGAGAGGUCACAUGAUCCUGACGUCAUCACCAGGCGCCGUGUGAUGGGAGAGCGGUGAAGGGCAGAGCACAGGAGGGACAGAUCACUUCCACCUCUUCCUCUUCCAGGACAUCGGGGACAGAUCACCGCAGUGUCCUUCCUCUUCCCGGACAUCGGGGACAGAUCACCGCAGUGUCCUUCCUCUUCCCGGACACCCGGACAUGUCACAAUGGUUCAUCUGACAUCUCAGUUAUUACGCCGUUACUAUGGCGGCCAUGUUGUCAUCCGGAUGUCGCUCGGCGGAUGCACCAACAGACCCUUCUAUCGGAUUGUCGCUGCCUACAAUCAGCGAGCGCGGGAUGGGCGGCACUUCGACAAGCUGGGGAGCUACGACCCGAUGCCCAAUGUUUACAACGAGAAACUGGUGAGCCUCAACGUUGAGAGGAUCAAAUACUGGAUCGCCUCCGGAGCGCAUGUCACGAAACCCGUCGCCAAACUGCUGGGAUUGGCCGGCUUCUUCCCUCUCCAUCCCAUGACCAUCACAGCGUCUGAGAGACUGCGGAGAGCCCAAGAAGAGACCGCGGGGGAGGAGCCUGAGGAACAUCCUACAGAUGAGGGCGGGGAGAAGGAUCGGGCCCCUCCCCCCACCACCGACAACUAAAAGACUUGUAUUCUGAAGGAUCAGCCGGUGACACUUCUUCACUUUUUGUACAAUAAAAUAAAAAAACUCCCAUUUA